AUGAUUAAAAUCAAACGACAACUACGUUUGAGUCAAUCGAUUGAUACGGAAACAAAAAAGUUACGAACAAAAUUGAGUGACGAAAGUAUAUCGUACACCUGUUUAGAAAGUUUAUCAAAUGAACUUUUUUACGAAAUAUUCGAAUAUCUUGAUGCUUAUGAUAUACAUAAAUCAUUGUCAAAUCUUAAUAUUCGUUUACAAAAUCUUAUCAUUUCGUCGUCAAUUUUACUUCGAAUAAAUCUUUGUUCAAAAUCAAAAUCUCUACUCGAAUAUCGUUGUCGACAUGUUAUUAUUCCAAAUUCACAUCGUAUUCUUUCCCUUCAUUUGACUGAUCAAUCAUUGAUUAAUAACUUCUUUAAUCAUUGUACUAUUGAUUCAUCAUUUCAUCGUCUUGAAUCAAUUAUUCUUAAUGGAAUAAAAACAGAAAAAUUACUCGCAACUCUUUUUUAUUUAAAUUCUUUACCUCGUCUCUUUUCACUAAGCAUUUCUAUAAAAGAUGAUGAUUACAAUAAUCUUGGAAAUAUUUAUCCAUUAAUUUUUUCUUUAUCUUCAUUAAAAUAUAAUCAACUAUCAAUAUCUCCUGUUGAUAAAUUACAAAUGAAUAUUUCACAUGUAAUCAAUAAAAAAUUUAGUACGAUCGAAUAUCUUGUUAUUGAUUAUUUUUAUAAAAAUGUCAAAAAAGAUCUAUCGAUAAAACUACCACAUUUAAAAUAUAUUUGUUUUGAAGAAUGUCAUAUUUCAUUUGAUGAAUUUGAAGUAUUUAUUAAAGAAAUAUCCUCUCAAUUACAAAUAUUGAAAAUUGGUAUACCUGCAAAUAAAUCUUAUCUUGAUGGUAAUCGUUGGGAACGAUUAAUUAAAAAAUAUAUGCCUCAAUUAGAAAAAUUCGACUUUCAAUUUACUCAGAAUAUUGAUGAUGAUAUGAAUACAAAUUCAAGUGAUUCAAGUGAUGGAUUCAUUAAUCGAUUUAAUUCACCAUUUUGGUUUGAACGAAAAUGGUUUCGUGAGCUACAAGUAUAUUGUGAUGAAAUGGUUUUUUCUAUUCAUCCAUAUAGAAAAGAAUGGAUCGAUCAUUAUGAACAUAUGAAUACUGACACAUAUUCAAAACAAAAUUCAAUAGAAAAUAACUAUAUUUCUAAUCGAGAAAAAUCCAUUGAUCAUUGUAUUAUACAAUUGACUAUCAUGGAUUAUAAAUUUACCAAACGUUAUCGGCUAUUUAUUAAUAAAUUAAAAUCUACGUUUAAAAUGAUUCAAUUUACUCAUUUAAAUAUAGAUAAUAAUAGUAUGUCUAUUAAUAUGUUACUCGAUAUUUUACGUUUGUUACCAAAUAUUGAAUCAUUAAAACUGUCAUCUUUACCCAUACUUCAGUUAAAAUCUUUAUCUAUUGAAGAUACUAAAAUUAUCUAUCGUCUAGAAUCGGUUAUUAAUAAAAUAACAAAAGUUAAACUUGAUCAAGUUACAGAAGAACAACAAAUUCAAAUUCUUAUCAAUCUUUGUCCACAUAUACAAUAUCUUGAAGUAGGCUGUAUGUCAAAUACAGAUGUUCCAUUACUUAUGAAAUUUAUUUUAAUGAAUCAAAUGACACAUAUUCCUAAUCUCUGCUAUCUAUGCUUUAUUAUUCCUAAGGCAGAUGAAAACAUGGUUAGAAUCUUAGCAAUGACAAUCGAUUUUGAGACACUUAUUAAUAACUAUACAAUUCAACGUAGUGGUGACAAAAUCAGUGUGCAUUGGAAAUUAUAA